UCCCUGGGCCGAAGGGCGGGGCGAAGAACGCACGGGGCCCAAUCCAAGCUGAGGGCUUAAGCAGCCGCCCGUUCUGCCUUUCUUUCCACCACCCCCGUCUCCUCGGAAACAAAUCCCGCCCUCUCAUCUUUUUUUUUCUCCCGGCCGGUCAAGGGAAGGCGUGCGUUUCCAGUGCGCAGGCGCCGUUUCUUAGUCCGCGGUGCGCAGGCGCCCUUGGCGAAGGGUCCGCGAGGAAGGCUCGAGCGAGCCAGGUGGAGGCCAUGCAGGGGGAACGGAGUCCGGCCGAGACCCUCAUUGACAGAACCAUCCAGAUGAAGAAGGAAACAGAAGCUAGGAACAUCGUCUUGGCCUGGGGAUUUCUUAACCUGUCAUUUGCUGGCAUGAUUUAUGCUGAAAUGUCUGGGAAACUAUUAAAUUCGUAUUGCAACAUCUCAUGCUGGUUACUAUGGUAUAUUGAACUUGCAUUUGCAACUCUGUUCAGCCUCAACGCUCUAUUUGAUUUCUGGAGGUACUUCAAAUAUACCGUGGCCCCGACCAGUUUAGUCGUCAGCCCCGGACAACGGAUACUCCUGGGGCUGCGGAACACAGCUGUCCAGAUGACGCCGCCACCUGAACUGGUGCCGAGGAAAACACCUCCUUCAACCCCUUCUCCUUCCAUCCAGGGGCAAAGUGUCUUGAGCUACAGCCCCUCUCGCUCACCCAGCGCCAGCCCCAAAUUUGGUCCGAGUUGCAUGUCAGGUUACAGCCCUCAGCUGCAACCCCUGUCAGGGAGCAGCGGUGCCUACGGUGCAGCCCUAACUUAUUCCCCCGGCAGCAGUUACAGUAAGGCACCCUCUUUCAGCCCUUCUCCAGCGGCUUCCCCUUACCCCGCCAGCCUUGGUCCCAUGGAUACCAGCGGAGCCAGAUCUCGGUACCGCUCUUCUCCCACCGUAUACAAUUCUCCUGCCGGCAAGGAAGACUACAUGACCGACCUCAAGUCGCUCGACAGCUUCCUCCGAAGCGAGGAGGAGAAGCAGCACAGGGUCCAGCUGGGGAGCUCGGAUUCCAGCUCUCCCUCAAACAGUCCAACCUUCUGGAAUUACGGCCGCUCCAUGGCAGACUAUGCCCAGAUGCUCAGGAAGUUCCAGUACCAACCCGCUUGCCGGUCACAAGCCCCUUCGGCUCACAAAGAUGAAGCGGAUUUGACUUCCAAGCAGGCUGCGGAAGAGGUUUGGGCACGGUUAUCUGUGAGCCGACAGCUGCUCGACCACAUGGACUCCUGGACUGCGAAAUUCAGAAAUUGGAUCAAUGAGACCAUUUUAGUGCCUCUGGUUCAGGAGAUUGAGUCUGUGAGUAUGCAGCUGCGGAGGAUGGGGUGUCCUGAGCUGCAGAUUGGAGAUGCUAGUAUCAGCAGUCUGAAGCAAGCAGCCCUGGUGAAAGGUCCCCUCAUUCCUACGUUGAACACGAUUGUGCAGUACCUGGACCUCACACCCAACCAGGAAUAUUUGGUUGAAAGGAUCAAAGAGCUUUCUCAAGGAGGGUGCAUGAGCUCAUUCCGAUGGAAUCGAGGAGCAGACUUCAAGGCACGCAAGUGGGAUACGGAUCUGCCAACUGACUCUGCUAUACUUAUGCAUGUAUUCUGUACGUACCUUGAUGCCCGGCUGCCGCCUCAUCCAAAAUACCCCGAUGGCAAAACCUUUACCUCCCAGCACUUCAUUCAGACGCCGGAUAAGCCAGACGUGGCAAACGAGAACUUGUUUUGCAUCUACCAGAGCAGCGUCAACCCUCCUCACUACGAACUUAUCUACCAAGGCCAAGUCUACAAUCUACCCAAGGGCAGAAACAAUUUGUUCCACACUUUGCUUAUGUUCCUGUACAUCAUAAAGACAAAAGAAUCUGGAAUGCUGGGGAGAGUCAAUCUCGGCUUAUCUGGUGUGAACGUCCUGUGGAUUUUUGGAGACUAGCUGGAUUUCUCAGUUCAUUCAAGCAAAACUCCAGUUGGGACCGGGAAUGAAGACCUCCACCCACAAGGGAGGAAGGGUUUUACUGCACUUGCUGCUUUGAAAACAUUAUUUGGAUAUUAAGCAGGUGGUUUUUUGAACUGUCUUUAAACCAUGAUCAAACACCUUUUGAACUGAAACAGGAAAGAUUUUGUGUAUAAUGUCAAUAUCGCAGUAGGAAAGUUUCUGGAAAAUUUGUGGAAGAAUGGAAGCGUCUGUUUCGGGAAUCCUUGCUUCUACUGGGUUGGAAAGGUUUCGUCUAGACAUCAGAGAAGAAGACACUG